AUGAAGAGAGAUCACCGCGAUAGCCGUGCAACUGUAACUGCACGUCAAAACAAUUCCAAACCGGAAUACUCAUCACCGCCGUCUUCCGCCCUGAACGGCAAGGCCAAGAUUUGGGAAGAUGACCAAGACGGGUACAGCGCCGGCGGCGACAUGGAUGAGCUGCUUGCCGUUUUGGGGUACAAGGUUCGGUCCGACGACAUGGCCGACGUGGCGGAGAAGCUCGAGCAGCUCGAAAUGGUCAUGGGGUCGGCUCAGGAAGAUGGGAUUUCUCAGCUCUCUGACACCGUCCACUACAACCCGUCGGAUCUCUCCGGGUGGGUCCAGAGCAUGCUCUCUGAGCUCAACACCGGCGACGAUAUGCCCUCAAUCGACGACCCUCUUCUCGCUCCGGCUGAGUCCUCGUCGAUAACCUCGAUGAGCUUCUCCAAUUCCCAGCGGAGUCGAGUUUUCAGCGACGAUUCCGAAUACGAUCUCAGGGCUAUUCCGGGCGUGGCGGCGUACCCGCCAGCUUAUUCGCCGUCGGAUUCCGAGAGUACGAGAAAGCGAUUGAAGACCUCAAUUGGGUCCGAUUCUAAUGGGUCUAGUUCCGGCGCUGUAUCCGAUCCGACUCGGCCUCGGGUCCUGGUUGACUCGCAAGAAACCGGCGUGCGGCUCGUCCACACACUCAUGGCCUGUGCAGAGGCUGUCCAGCAGGAAAAUUUGAAGCUUGCAGACGCGCUUGUAAAGCACGUGGGCCUACUCGCGGCUUCCCAAACCGGCGCUAUGAGAAAAGUCGCCACGUACUUCGCUGAAGCUCUGGCUCGUCGGAUUUACCGAAUUUACCCUCAGGAUUGCCUCGAUUCUUCCUACUCGGACAUCCUCGAGAUGCACUUUUACGAGACCUGCCCUUAUCUGAAAUUUGCUCACUUCACUGCCAACCAGGCAAUACUCGAGGCUUUUGCCACCGCGAGCAGAGUACACGUCAUCGAUUUCGGGCUUAAACAGGGGAUGCAAUGGCCAGCGCUCAUGCAGGCGCUGGCACUCAGGCCUGGUGGGCCACCUGCGUUUCGCCUGACGGGUAUUGGCCCGCCGCAGCCCGACAACACUGACGCCUUGCAGCAGGUAGGAUGGAAGUUGGCCCAACUGGCGGAAACUAUCGGGGUUGAGUUUGAAUUCCGAGGCUUCGUCGCCAGUAGUCUGGCGGACCUCACGCCGUCUAUGCUCGACAUCCGCCCGUCAGAGGGCGAGGUUGUGGCGGUGAAUUCGGUUUUCGAGCUUCACCGCCUCUUGGCUCGACCCGGGGCGGUAGAUAAAGUGUUGUCAUCAAUCAAGGCCAUGAAGCCUAAGAUUGUGACAAUUGUGGAGCAGGAGGCGAACCAUAACGGGCCGGUUUUCCUGGACCGGUUCACGGAGGCAUUGCAUUAUUAUUCAAACUUGUUUGAUUCGCUGGAGGGAUCAUCGGGGCCGAGUCAAGAUUUGGUCAUGUCCGAGGUGUAUUUGGGCAGGCAGAUAUGCAACGUGAUGGCAUGUGAAGGUGGCGACCGAGUCGAGCGACACGAGACGCUGAGUCAGUGGCGAGGCCGGAUGGACUCGGCCGGGUUCGACCCGGUCCACCUUGGCUCGAACGCGUUCAAGCAGGCUAGCAUGCUGCUAGCUCUUUUCGCCGGCGGAGAUGGGUAUCGGGUGGAGGAGAACAAUGGGUCUCUCAUGCUUGGGUGGCACACCCGGCCGCUCAUAGCCACCUCGGCUUGGCAGCUGGCGAGCGCAACCGAGUGA